UUAAUAAUUGUUAUCAAUAUAAACAUAAAAUUUAUGUGAUAACGUUUGAUAUAAUAAAACUAUGUUUCAACAAUAAUAGUCUAAUUACAUGUAAAGAUUAAGGACAAUGAUUCAGGUAAAGAUGAGUUUAGAGAGUGACGGCGAUCAAUCACAUAUUGAAAUAUCAAGAUCUUAUGACAAGGAUGAAUGUGCUAUUUGCUUGGACAGCUACAGACAAGCGAAAUUGUUACCGUGUAUGCACAGGUUCUGUGAAGAGCCAUGUUUAAAGAAUCUUGCGGAUAGUUCGCAGGGAAACACUUUCAAGUGUCCUUUAUGUCGGCAAGAAUAUAUUGUUGGAAAUUCUGCAUGCGUAGGACAACCAGAGAGUACUCCUAUACAAAGAAGUCAGUACAUUAACGGAACCAUUGUCUCACCUCUAAGAGAUUCAGAAACUGCUCCACGUUUGGUACAAAAUACUGAAGAGUUACGGAUAGAAACAGCACCUGCGAGAGGGCCCAGUUAUCUUUGGACUGUCCCUCGCACAAGAGACUCAAAUAUAAGUUAUUCUGUCAGUGAACCCUCGACAGGGGCUAGUUGUGUAAAGAUAUGCUAUAUCGGACUUAUAGUUUGCAUGGUACAUUGCGUUUUCGUUGGUAUAGGAAGACUUGUAACAGGCAUUAUUGUUUAUGACGAUAGCUUAACUUCAAGCCGCUCAAGUAGUCAGGUCAGUGUCGCUGAGUUUCAAAUAUCGAAAGGAGUCUUAGACAUUUUAACCGCAUUGGCAAUCACUCGUGAGCGAGGAAGACGUAAAGUAUGUCUUGCAGUGUUGGUGAUGGGUUCUAUAACUUGCCUGAUAAUUGGUUCAACAAAAUUGUGGAAAAGUACGUGUAGCGAUACGAUAGAUGACUUUGCCAACGGUUUCAUGCUAUUUUCCCGGUAUUAUUCAAUAUUUGACUGGAUAAUGACUGUAUACCUCGUCGUGUUCGGGUGUUACUAUGGUGCAGACACGAACAACUGAUAGUAUACACUGAUUGACUUAUAGGUCAACAGUCACAACUGUUGUCCGAAGUCCGAAGGAUAAUAAUUUUGACUAUUGACCCGAAACCAUUUAAUAAGUAUUUGAUUAUAUGACAUUUGAAAUGAAGCUUCGUUUUGUU